AUGGGACACCAGCCUGAUGGCCGCCUGGAGUCCCUCCCCUGCCCACAGGCUCCCAGCCCACCCCAUCUGGCUGUGGCUGCCGCAGAAAGCCUGUUCCCACCAGCACCCACCCUGGGCCUGGCUUCUCCUUCUCGGCCCCAACCGUGGCGCCUGGAACCCACAGCCCCAGUGGGUCGGCGGAGGGCACUUGAGGGGCGGGAGCCGCUGUCAGGGCCCCAGCCCUCCGCCGCCAGCAACACGACCUCCAGGGAGGCCCACCUGCCAGGCUGGGGGACAGGGCUCCGACGCUCCGUGUCCCGGCCAGAGGCGACAGGCAGCAAGAGCCCUGUCCCCGCCUGGCAGAACCCCUCCCGCUCCCCUCAAACCAGGCGGGGAAGCCCGGCUGUGGCCUGGUCCAGGGCCCCCCCUCCCCGCCCGCGCCCCUCCCCAGUCCUGGGCCCCCCCUCCCCGCCCGCGCCCCUCCCCCAGUCCAGGGCCCCCUCCCCGCCCGCGCCCCUCCCCAGUCCAGGGCCCCCUCCCCGCCCGCGCUCACCCGGCCGCCGCCGCCCGCGCUACAUCGCGUCGGUCCCGCCUGCGGCCCGGAGGCUCAGGACACGCGGCCCCGGCCCCUCGGGGAAGUCGGCCCCGCUGCGUCCCGGCUGGAAAAGGGGCUGCGGCGGCACCUCCCGGGCUCCCCGCAAUGGGGGGUUGGAGCGGAGACGCUCGAGAACAGAAAGCUGA